AUGGGCAGUGAUGUAGUCAGCACGGAAUACACACUGAAAACCAUCCAACAGGCCCAAUCCAAUCCAUGCUUGACUAAACUGGAACUGGAAGAUGUCGUCACACGGCAGGACGGUCAGUCUGCUGCCAUUCAUGGUGCCAUUUGCGCAUUGCUAGCUCAGCAACGCCAGUGGAAAUACAUCAGAUUUAUUGAUUCUGUACUGCUUCAAGAUAGACAAGGAACUGUGGUCACGCAGUUGCAGACUUAUUGCCACCAGCAAAUGACCAUGUGGAAUGCCAUUCAGCAACCUGCUAAGGGUAAGCCCAUCCUGUUCCAGAUCAAUCUGGAAGUGGCCUCGGGAACUUCCAUGAAUGUAGUCCUAGAAGUAUUCAUGGAACUACAGAAGCUCCCAAUAUUGACAGGCAUUGAUUUUGGAGGAGAAACAGCAGCUGCAAGCAAUGUCAAAAUGCUGUUGAAGGCGUGUUCCAGGAAACUGCAAAGUCUCAAGAGAGAGGCUGCUGGCAACCCAUAUCGUGAAGGUCCCUUGCUCAAGCACAAAACGGGAAAGAGCAAACAGCAAAGCAGACAAGUGGAGGAUAACUCGCCCCUGACGGAGGAAACGGAUGACAGUUUGUGGUGGAGGGAUUUGAAAUUGCAUGAUGAUGACAUCCAAGGCGCCUUCCAGCACUCUCAAUCUUCAUUGGGACACCGUAGACAAAACCUCAAGAGAUCAAGAUCUCCCCAGCAACCGCAGCAAAGACAUAGACCUCAGCAAAGACAACUCCAACAAUCUCCCAAGCAAUCACAUCAGCAACACAGUCCCAAACAGAGUCAUCACAGGGUUCAAUUCUGUCAUCUUCCAAAGCCAGAUUAUGAUUGGGCACACAAUCAUGCCGAUCACACACCCAUCAGUCGACAGCACCAUAUGAGAGACAUUGGUAGAACCGCCGCCAAAGUGAAACCAGACUACCGUUGGGACAAGCAUCACCACAGUAGCCCUGCAGUGGAUUAUUCCGCUACUGAAUGA